AUGUCGGAUACAGAGCAGGAGUGGAAACCUAAUCCUCGCCGGCCACAGUCUGUUGCUGAUUUCCCGUCUCGAUACAGCACCAUGGCGCAGGCUUUCUCUCUUGCACUUGAUAGCGCUUUUAUGCUCGACAGUGAUGUCGACCAACUAACACAGUCCAUUGAACAAAAGAAGCAGAGGAUGACCAUCCAAACACGAGAGCUUGAAGCCCUUCAAGCCAGGAUCCGCGAAGCCGAGGAACGUUUGAAGGAGGGAAGGGUUGCAAAAGAAGCCUCGACGCAGAACAGUGGUGACGACAGCGACCAAAGCACUGGCUCAGCACACCAGCAAGGCCGAGGUGAGAAUGAGCUGGCCCGGGCCCUUUCUCCCACGUCGUCGGCUCUUUCCGAUGAGAAUCAAUCUGAUGAAGGCGCUACAGAUUCCGACACUUCCGCAGCGACUUCUAACGACAUGUAUGAGCCAGAAAACGGCAACAAAGCCAAAUCGCAGGCGCCAUGA